CUGACGACCGACGGACAUUGGCUCCGCCGUUCCUGCCAUGAACGUGGGAAGUUUGGAACCUUCUCUGAUCAGCGUGGAAUUCCUAGGGCUCACGCUCUGCUUUCCUGACGUGGUGGGAGACAUGGGAGGAGAGUUGGAGCGUGCCAGUUGGGCGUGUUUGGGCGUGGGGCUUCCGGUGGGCCACGGUCCAGGAGGGGAGGUUGGUGCUUUGGCUGACCGCCUUCGCCUUUUGUCCACAUCGUCCAGUACAAUAUUGAUGAGUAGGUCGGCGGGGUCAUCCACACCUGCUCUUUUGACCGUCAGACUACGCAAAUUCUCAGCAAGACGGUCCCAGCCAUAGAACUGGCGAAAGUCAACAUCGUAGAUUUCUAGCGCGGUGACAUUCUUGAAUGCAUGUAGAGGCACGGCACUGUCAAAUGGAAACUCCUCGUAGCCAGCAAUCAGGCGGGCCUUGUGGUCGGGAGCAAGCCUCAGACAUGGGAUCUUGGUGAAGGAAGAGUACAAGUACUUGAGAUCUUCCUCGAGUUGGGCUUUUUGCUUUUCCAUCUUGGACGCACUGUUGGAGGUGAGGCGAAGAGAAGACCAAAGAGAAGACAUGCCCGACAUCACACUGCGAAUGCUGGAGACUGAGUGGAUAGAGUCACGGUCAGAGGCUCUGGUCUUGUUGCGUUGCGCGUUGCUAAGGAAUGAGACAUAGUUUGUGGGAGAGACGUCAGUGUGGAUGUUCUCCAGACGCACGUUCAUGGGCCCCACAGAAAUGUUCAAAUCUUCAAAUCGCGAGAGAAGGUAGAAAAGAUGGUGAGGUGUGAGAGUGAGCUUUGCAGGUUUGAUCGACUGCGAUGUGAAUGUGAGGGAGGGGAGAGAGAGAGCCGUUGCCCACACACUCGAGGUCGAGGAUGCUGUAUUUGUAGAAGCGGUAGGUGAGGUGGGUGUGGUGACAGAGGCCCGGCGAGGGGCUUGCCGUUGUAGUUGGAGAGCAUUUGCAAGUGCCUUUUCGUGAGUUCGGACAAAGUAUGCCAGGUUCUGGUAGAGCAAAGAU